AUGGAGUCCCUAAUGACGGACUGCGUGCAGUACAGCCUUCGUCUCUUCAUGAAUCGGAACGCUAUAUUCGUCUGCGAGCGACUCUGUGCUGAGUUCCCCUCCGAGGUGCUCUCUCCUGCUCUCUCUUUCUCUCUCCCCCUCUCGACGACGUCUCCAAUGUGAGGUGUCGAAAGGAGUUCCUCGUUGAAGAAAUAUCUGCGGACAUUGUUGACAGUGCAGUAUAGUAACCAGUGUUCAAGUGUCCAGAUUCAAGGUUUCCAUUCCUUUGGUCCAUCUGGGAUUGCGCCAUUCUUUCGGCCAAUCGGGAUGCGAAUUGCAUUUGUCACCAUUAUUCUAGAUUAUAGUCGAAAGGGAAACAUGUGGUUGAUUUGUGUAAUUUAUAUUUUAGGGUUUUACUUUAGCUUAACUUUUAAUUUUCCACGCUUUUAUGCACUGAUCCAUUUCGGAUACCGUUUGUUCCAUAGUGAAGUUUUGUGAUAGUCAGGGUUUUGAUGAAUUCUAAAGGCUUUAUGCCUUCUUACGUAUGACUUAUUUUGUGCAAAUUCAACAGGUAAAUUUGCAACUUCUGGCUACUUGUUAUUUGCGGAACAAUCAAGCAUACUGCGCGUACCACAUCUUGAAGGGUAAUUGAUCCCAGCAGAAUGAGUUUUCCCCCCCUUUUUGACGCUUUAGUCACGUGUGACGAGGGCAUAACGAUCGGGUUUUAUUUCUUUGAUUUCUGUGAUGAUAUAUGAGAAAUUUUUUCUCAAUACUUUCGUGUCUGACCAGCCAUAUUAUUUCACUGCAGCUCUAUUAUACAAUGCUGUAACUGUUCAUCCAGUCAAUCCUGAAAAGUUAUUGCCUACAUUAUCGUGCAUGUUGUCCAUCUUCAUAGUAGAGGAAAUUUCCCUUUGUCAUCCUUUUUUUUUAAUGUUUAAACUGAGGUAUUGCAAAUCAUCUCUUUUAUGUUAUCAGCAUGUUUUGAAGAUCACCUGUGUCGAUGUCUAAUUGUAUUUAAUCUUUUGUUUUCUAUGAGAAGGGAGAAAGAUGCCUCAAUCCCGAUACUUGUUUGCAAUAGCCUGCUUUGAGAUGAAUCUCCUUCGUGAAGCUGAAGCAGCUUUGUGUCCCAUAAACGAGCGAAAUACAGAGGUAUUAUUUUCUCGACAAACAUCAGAAAUAUGAACUAAACACAAAUUUCCGAUUAGUUAAUCAAUUUUUCCGAACGUUUUUAUCCCAUUGUUAUGGAUUUCAAUCAUAUUUAGUAUAGCUUGCAUCCUAUAUGAAUGAACUGUGGGAAAGAAAUUCACUGGUGAUUGAAUCUUCUGAAUGAUUACACCAUAUCCUUUCUAAGUGGAACUAUGGUGGGAUGACCUUAAAUCAUCGAUUACUUUGAUCCUAGUUGCCAGCUGUGUAACGUCCAGCAUAGACUACAUCAGAUAAGAACAAUAUAGUAGAGGAAACAUACCCCAGGCAGGGUACAAAUGAAACAGCUAAAUUUAGCAAAUAACAUAAACAUUUAAGAUAUUUGUUCAAGUACCCUGAAUAACGUAGGGAUGAGGUUUUUAGCAUCCUAGUGGGAGGGACUAUGGAAACAGAGUGAAUAAGACUAAGGGCGAUGCUUAGGAGUUUUUGAAGAAAAGAACCAUCUGACAAGGCUAGAACGUACAACCUUUGUUAAAAGAAAUUUUCUUGAGGGUGCGCUGAGACAUGAAACAGGUGAGAAACUUGGAGAUGUGAGGUGUUGUCUUUCACCCUGUAAUAGUCGAAAGGAUUUAUUUUUGGAAGGUCUACACUUCCAGAGCUAUCAAGGCUACAUCCAAAGCUUUCAACUUCCAAAAUUGAACAAUUUCUGAUAGGUUUAGUCCUAGUGAGAAUCUGGUGUCCAAGGCCCAGACUUAAUCGAUGGAAAGAAUGAAGUGAACAACUUUAGAGUUCUCGUCAGUUACCUAUAGUAGGAUCAACCUCAACAAAGGGACAUAAUAUUGACGAUGUAAAUUUCAAAGAAGACAAAUGUUGCAGUCUAAUCAGUCCGCCAUAGUGUGCGAGAAAAGAAGAAUCUGAUAUUAGAUAAGCCCUCGAGUGUAGGAUAGGGCUUCUCCACUGAAAGUGACGAUUAUGAUAUGUAGACUUCAGUGUGGAAGAAAAAAUAAAUGUGAUGGUUUUCCUCUCUAUAUGGACGAUGUCAGGCGUUCUGGCAGUUUAUGUGGGACAGCUCGCGGCCCAUUUUCACUAGAGAUCGUGUGAAUGUUCAUUUAAAAAAUUGCCGCAUAAUGGCACCUCUCUGCAUUGAUUUCGGGACUUUUAUAGGCCACUAAUUAAUAUUUCAUUGCUUCUACGGUUUUUAAGUAAAUGCAAUUAUAUGCUCUAGAACAUCGUAACUAUGAUCUUUUUUGCAUUUUUCAACCUGACCAUCCAUACUAUCAGGAUUCAUUAUGGCCAAUCUGACCAUCAGAUUCGAAUCCUUGUAGUAUGAAUCUACUUGCUUUUGGAUUCAAUCUCAUUGGAUGCCUCAUUGCUUACGAUGUUUUGAAAAAUGUGUGAACAACAUACUGACCACAAAUGUACCUCAAUUUCUAUUUUCUUCUUUUCGCCUUUAUGCAGGUUCCGAAUGGAGCAGCUGGUCAUUACCUUUUGGGUCUCAUAUACAGGUGUCUCCUAUCUUUCGCUUUUAUUUGGUUUAUUUUAGGUGCUCACUGCCUCUAUUUGUUUUCAACGAGGCUUAAGUACUUUCAAUCAAAAUCUAGACAUAACCUUUUUCUGAACCAUCAUUUUUUCCUUGGAAUUAGAGAUAUGAGACCUUGACCAAUCAUUGCCAAUUCCCUUUGUCAUAAGGAUAUGAAAAAGUGACCUUAUUGAGUUUUCUUCAUCUAAUGCCAAAAAUUUAAAUUACACCAAAUAGCAUAUGAAAGCUUUGCCAUUCCUCUAUUCCUCAAAGGAAAGCACGAUCUUCAUGUGGAAUUUGUGGCUGCUCGCGUUCUAGUCCAAACUAGCCAACAUGCUCAAUCUUCUACACAGAGGUUCCCCACAUGAACUAAGAAGAAGUACCUCUUUCGUUGAUUAAGUAGCCAUAAUUUCUCAAGUUUCAAUUUCGUCUAUUUAUGGUAUCCUCUUAUUUUAUUUUGUUGCUAACAUUUCUUCCACAAUCCUUUUUGUAGCGUUUGAAUGUUUUCCGUGACUUCCUUAUUUUCUAUUUCUCUUGAUUUCCCCUUUGUUAACCAAAUUACAAUUUGUGCUACCUUUUUUUUUUCUUGGUUUUCAGCGUUUGAAUCACUUUGUAAUACUGAAGUGCAGUGUAUAGAAAUAUAUUUGAGAAUAUUUAAAGACCAUAUUAAUAUAUACUGAAGUUGUAAAAAGUUUAGUUUCCCUGCCUCGUACCUAAAUGUUUGGAAAGUCUGGCUCAGUCUCACAUCCAUAAACGUUCAGUGGCAUACUUGACAUUAUAUGCAUGAAGAUGUGAAAAAGUUUCAUCAGUCGUCGUUGUACUAUACACCUAAAUUCAGAAUGCCGAAUUUAUUCGAGAGGGAGGCAGUACUGAGGUGGAGGGUCUUCACCUCAGAAUCACAUAAAUGAUUCACUCUUAUCGGAUUCAGAUUGAACCUAAUCAUCUAGUGUCCCAAUCUAAUUUCGAAGUUGGUUUUUUGUGCUGAAAAGGUUAACCAUCAAGCAGUAGAGUUGGUGCUAUAAUGGUGGAAGUGACAUCAACAUCAACAACAACAUCCUCUGUGCUUUCUUUCUUUUUUCUGGCUAGAUGCAAUGGUCUAAGUAAAUCUACUCCAAAAUAAAGGAAAGAUGAUAGGAAAUCAUCUUAUUCACAUAUCUGUUGGCAUAGAUCGUGAAUGAUACAGACUUGCCUUUUCUAUUAGUUUUAUUUAUUCCAUGGUGCAGUUAGAAAUAUCUUUAGUAGUGGGAGUGGAGUUCUUGCAUUACUGUUGUCGGAAUAGAACCACUCAUUAUAUUGCAUGCAUUUUUUUAUUCCUAGAGAUUGUUCCUUGGCUCAUGGUGUGCUGGUAUUUGAUGUGUGGUUCACAUAGGUAUACAGAUCGGAAAGCAAGUGCAAUUGACCACUUUACAAAAGCUUUGGCGAUAGAUCCUCUUCUAUGGGUUGCAUAUGAGGAACUAUGUGUACUAGGUAGUUCAUGGGCCAUCUUAUUCUCUUGACUUGGUUUCAUUGUGCUUUCACCUUUGUUACCAUCAUCACUAAUUAUUUCCUCAAAAGAUGCCACUGAUAUAGUCAUAUCACACUUCGUUUGAUUUAAAUUUUCAUUUAUUAUGCAGAAAUUAAACAGAAACUGAUCCUCAAGCUCAGAUUGUUCGUGCGUAAGUUAUCAAUGGAUUUUUUUAUGUUUCAGGUGGGGCAGCGGAUGCAGAUGAAUGUUUCUCUGACUCUGCUGCUGUUCGCGCUCAGAUGCUCCAUUUACCUGAAUUAAACUCUCAGAACCUACUAGUUGGUGCUUAUGACGGCAGUAUAGCAUCUGGUAGGGUAACUGUCUCAGAUGACAUGAGUCCUAGGCAGCUGAAGCAGUUACAUCCCAACAAUCAGAGAGAGGUCACUGGAUAUUCUCAUGGAGGGCAACACAUAAGCAAUGGCCUGUCUAGUGUGCCACUCUAUAAUACCCCUUCGCCAAUAACAGCACAGGUGGGAUUGAUUACGCCCUUAAUGAUCUUCAGUGUAUUCAUUCUGAAAGUCUCUGUAUUUUAUGAGUUGGUCACCCACAAUUCGGGAAAUUCUGCGGCAAAUAUGCUAGUGUUGGGAGGCUAGAUUCUGAUUACUUAUAAAUAUAUUUAUAAACGUAUGAUCUAUGUUUUUUUGAUACAUUGCUUUUGUUGGGACUCUUUAUCAUUUGAUUUAGUAUUCUAUUUUGGUAUAUCCACACAUAAAAAGUCUAACAUGGGUUUUUAAGAAAAUGAUGUGCCCCUUUAUUUUUUGUCAUAAUUGGUGGCAAAUUUCUUCUUCUCUUUUGAUGGAUCAUUAUCCUAGGUAUGAUGUGUAAAAUGUGUCGUGGUUUUAAUAUGAGUCAUGCCUUAGCCUGAGAAGGUUUCCCCUCCAUUGAGCAAUAAUCUUGUUUAAAAUGGAAUAAUCUUCUGUUACUCCUCUAGUCAGUGUAAGUCGGGAAGUGACCAGUAUCAUGAUUUUUAUAUGAUCGUUUUCCAACGAAGGGUCAUAAGUCAUGUCGGCAAAUGGUAAAGAUUAUUGAUUUAAGUCUUGAAUUUAAGGUAAAAAUGUUGAUAUUUAUAUAGUUUUGAUGGUGUGGUCUAGAGCCCAUAUUUUGAUGCAUUGUCAAGCUGGCUGAAAAAGGUGCUUGCCUUGGCUGCUGUUGCUAUGAUGAUGAUUUUUUGUCACCUUGAGUGCAUUGUUUAUCUUGUUCGUAACAUUAAAUGCUAUCAUACUUUACUCAUGCCUUUUGUUCUCCAAGGGUGUUCUCAGAGAUUGUUUUGUUGAACAUCACAGUGAAUACAUUUUAUAAAGUUCUCAAAUUAUACAAUGAAAUGCUUUAUCUUCACUUUCGGCUCUAAAAGUUUGUUUGAUUGACCCCAAAAGUUAGCGUUAUUGAGUUUCAUAGCUAAUCUACACGCAUAGGAAUAAAGGCAUUAAAAAUAUUUUGAUGAGAAUAUCAUCUACCAUUGUCUAAAACCAGUUCUCAAGAUUAUUAUUGUAAACAAUUUGACGAAGGUUUUGGCGAACAUCAUGCCAGGGAUGGCAUAUAAAUGGUAUUCAUACAUUUGAUAAUUCUUUGUUUCUAUUAAAUUGCCAGUAGUUUGAUUCACUGGUCUAGGCUUAUAUUGUUGGUCUCAAGGAUAACCUAAAGUGAAACAAGAUGGGGGGGGAGAUGAAUUUCGUCUUUUGUAAAGUUUUCUAAAUGGGCCAAAUGUCUUCUAAGUUGGUAAAGACUUUUUUUAGACUGACGCAUUGAGUCAGCAGACUGGUUAUCUUCCAAAGUAGACAAACUGGGUUGAUCCACGUAGUAUGAAAGAGAGAACAGUGGGAUACUAUCUAACUGUGCAUCAAGGUGGACAUCAAAGUACAGUCUUGGCUUUCUUUCAUGCUACUAGCGCUCGCCAUUGAGUACUUUCAUACUCGAUGAGAGAAACAGGGAUUGUUGCUCUCUUGGCUUUCUAAGGUUUUGUGUUAAACCAGGAAGUCUCUAAAUGCACGAACUUGAGAAACUCAGAUGACCUGAGAAGGAUGUAAUGGUGUCUUCUUCAUGACUUUUAAUACCUCACAAAACAACCUUUCUUCUCUAUCUUCAAAUGACCCUUGGUUGGGCUACUUAUAGGCUCCAAAAGUUCGAUUAUUAGAGUUCAAAAAAAAAAGCAAUGGUUGGUCUUUGGUCAUGUGAGUUGACCAAUCGAGUUGAAUUUCUGUGUUGUUUAUACUUCCAUUGUACCAGUUGACUUGCUAGGUCGAUCUUCUGAUGGUCUUUUGGGUCGACCCAGUAUUAAUUGGGUCAGCCUGCUCUUCAACAGACUGCUAUCUUCCGAUUCUUUGGUAGUCUUAUUACUAUCAGCAUGUUAUGUUUUGACAUUUUACUAUUUUGACUAGUUGUUGUCUAGGUCAACGUACCCUGCAACAUAUCGUUAUCUUCAGACACUUUUAUUGCCAUACUGUUGUCAAGUCGUCAUGUUUUGACAUCUGGGUUGACGAGUUUUAGUUUGAGUUAAUUUGCAUUUUGUUUGGGUCAAUUUGCUUGUGUCUAGUGUUUUUGGUUGAGCUCAAGUCAAUCCUGUUUAAGGUCUGGGUCGGAUUGUGCACACCUGGGGUCAGCCUGUAUAUGUCUGGGUUGGCUCUCUUACUUUUGGGUCGACUCAAGUCGAUCUAAAUCAAUCUUCUUUACAUACUUGGUUGGAGGAUUAAUUUUUCACGAUUAGUAUCAUACUUUUAAUGCAUUUACUUAAAAAUGAUCCUUUUAUCCACAUUUUUAUUUGUUAAAAUAAAACAUGAAAUUCAACAUGUAAAUCUUAAAACUUUGAACAUUAAAUUGUUAACUCUCUCUUGUGCAGUUAUCAAGGGUUGUGCCACCACCACCUUAUAGGAAUGUGCAACAGGGUCUUCACACGCUGGCUGGAGACGGUUCUGCAAGAGCAACUGUUAAUCCAGCAAUUCAAGCCCCUAGGAGAAAGUUCAUGGAUGAAGGGAAACUGCGGAAGGUCAGAAAUUGUUGUGCAUCUGAUGUUUUUUGUUUUUAUGAAUUGGAUUUUUUUUCAUUAGAUGAACGCAAUUGUUAUUUGGGUGUUAAGGCAUGAUGUUAUUUUGUGUCAACUUUUUAAGCUUGAAUGCUUUCCUUUUUUUGUUGGUUUAACUGUUAGAACAUUUUACCAAGGAAAUCUUUGUCGAUGAGAGUUACAUAUGAUCCUUGUCUUUCCUUUGACAUACAGAUUUUAAUAUGAUGGAAAUUACUAUGAAUUUCUCUCUGAUGUUCCUGUACUUUGUUCUUCAUAUUUCUUUUUGGUUUGCAGUCAGUCGCUCAUGCACUUUUUUUGUGUUAGCUAGAAUAAAGAGAAAAUGAAAAACAAUACCGUUCUCUAGAAGAUGUAGUUACAUUUUCUUUUGCAUUAAAUUAUCCAUCUACUGUGCUUUCUUUUGCCAUUACAUCAUAGGAAAAACUAUAGUAUGAUGCGUUUAACCUCUUAUUUAAUUCAAUAAUCUUUUGAUCGCCUUGUGCAAAUAAGGUUGGACCCAGCUACAUCUUUGUAAUCAGCCCAUGAGAUCUCAUUUAAGGCGACCGUGCUUUUUUCUUUUGUCCCAUCAAAUCCAUUGUGGGUUGAAUGUGGUAGCAAAGCAUCUGGUGCAUAUUCUAUCUCUUCCUUUCAGAUGUCUUUCUUUGUUCAGAGUCAUGAUCUAUUGCUAAAAACAAAAUGAAGGGUCGGCUGAUAAAUUACUUAUGCAAUGUAGGUUUCUGGCAGACUAUUUUCCGAUUCAGGACUCCGUCGCAGCACAAGGCUCUCUGGAGAGGCAGCUAGUUUGAAUUCAAAUGCGUCACAAGUGGGAGGAAAUGGAAUUAAUCAUUCUGCUGCAAAAAUUCUAGGAGGAUUUUCUACAUCAUCAUCCAAAAUCAGUUCUUUAAACUUCCGCUCUGUGACUGUUAGGAAGGGACAAUCCUGGGCAACCGAAAGUCUAGAUGAAGGUGGUGAUACCUUGUUUUAUAUUUUCUAUUUUAAGUGUUUAAUUUCGUAAUUGUGAUUAACAUCUUGAUAAAGCUGUAAUUAUGGACUAAUUAUGAACAGAUAAUCAAUAUAUAUAUAUAUUUUCAUCUUGGUCCACUCUCUAGUUCCACCUUGAAGUUACGAAGAGAAAAAUGAAUGAAGAUCAAGCCCUAUCAAAGUGCUGUAAUAAAAAGAUUGACAUAUUUAUUUAGAACAUUUCCAAUGCUUCUUCAACAGAGGUAUCAUACUGCCUUUCUAAUCUGUGCCUCAUCAAUUAUUAUGAUAAAAAUGAAUGCUAUAAUCCUGUCACGAUCAAAUUCCAAUUGAUUGCUGACAGGCAUUCCGGCGGUUUACCCUGGUGUCAACUUAACUGAUGUUUUGCGUGUCCCAGCAAAGAAUCUUUAGCCAUAUUUGCUGUAAUUUCUCUUCUUGUGUUGACAGCAGAAGAGAGUUUUGUGGUUUCAAAUAGGUUUGUGGUUGUAGUUUUUGGCUGGUUUCUGUCAUGGCGUCUUUCGAGUGAAUGAUGUCCCUGAUUGGGCAAAUUUUGGUGGAGGUUGCUGUUGCUAAUAAAGCUAAUUACUGUUAACUCGAAGCAAUAACUGCUAUCAAAUUUUUUUUCCAGCGCGAAGUCCCAAGCUUAGUUGAUUCUUGUGGUUAGUUGAUUGGUCAACCAUGUAUUAUUGACCCUCUUAAUUUCUUUGCAGGGAAAAGAUCUGAAGCUUUUGAUGAUUCCCGCAUUGAAAGUACGGCAACAACUUCAUCAUCUGUGUCAAAUAUAAUGGAGGCCAAAUGUCCUGAACAUGAAAGAACAAAUAAUCACGUAGUAGGGACUUUAUCUCAUGCUUCAAAGGUCUUAACGGGUACUAUUGAGCUCUUGAACCUUUUCAGGAUACUUGGGGAAGGCUACCGUCUGUCAUGUACAUAUAGAUGUCAGGUAUAAUGCUAUUACUGUCGUCAGACCUAGAAAUUCUCCAUUUUAACUCCGGAAUAUAAGGAAUAUGUUGAAUGAAGCAGGAUGCGUUGGAGAUUUAUCUUAAACUACCAAGUCAUCAUUAUAACACUGGAUGGGUGCUUUCCCAGGUGCGUGCUUUUUUCCACUUGUAUGCCUGACUUUAGUGGAGCCAUAGAUUUUUGAUUGCUUUUCCUUAUAAAUUAUCGUGUCUAGGAAGGCCUCCACCCCGCUUUUCCUUGCAAUCAUCCUGUUGACUUUCUAUAAACCAAUAAAAUGACACACUGGAUCCUAGUAUGCCAUUAUUUCAAUGAGUGACUCUGUGUAUUGCUUUCUUUCGUUCUGUCUUUUAAAUAAUAUUCAUGAUUUCCGUUCUGUAUAAAUAAUAUUAAUGAUCUCAAGGACAGUUUCUCUUGUCAUCUGAAUAGAAAUGACGCAAUCAAAAUUUCCGUGCGGCAAAUACCCUCGAAAGCAAUAUUCUUACCCCUGAAAGGAGUUGAGAGAAACUUGAUGUAAACGGGCUAUUAAAGUGACAUAGUUUUGAAAAAUAGUUAACUUUGUUCCAUUUAGGUUAGCUUCUUGAGCAUUUUUUGAGGUUUUGGUCAUUGAAUUCCAAUUUGUAAAUGGAAGAGAAGAUUAUAAGGUUGUAUGCUUGUGUUUCUUAGUAAUUAAUUGUGACGUGCAAACAAACCUUCUUAUAUUUAAUUUUUGACGUGUUCAUUUUUGCAUAUUCAUUGUCAAUAUUAUUUCUGGUCAUUUAUUUCAGGUGGGGAAGGCUCAUUUUGAAUUGGUAGAUUAUUUUGAGGCUGACCGUGCAUUCAGUCUGGCACGCUGCGUGUCACCCUACAUAUUAGAUGGAAUGGAUAUCUACUCAACGGUUCUUUAUGUAAGCUAUAUUCCUUGGCGCAGGUUUAUCAACCAAUUUUUUGUAUCGUUUGAAUUUCCUACUGUUGAAUUCGAUUUUGAUAUUCAUUGGCGAUGUUCUCUCUCUUUAUAAAAUUUCUGUCUGGUAGUCUGUCAAUACUUCCCCUCAUGAUUCCUUGUUCUUGGUGUAAAUUUGAAUUUCUGCAGAUUUAAUAUGGUAGCCUCCAUUUCUCUUUUUUUCUAGCGCCUUGUUAGCCAGCGUGAAACAUGGAUGAUCAGUCAUUUCUCACCCCAGAAGUAAUGCAAUCAUAGCUUCUCUUGUGCUAAUCUAGGGAGAUAAGCUUUUUUGUCAUUACUUGGAUUAUAGAUACAUUUUAAGGCCAGUCAUUCCUUUUCAAGCUGGGAAUUAAAAUAACUUUUUAGAUUAUGAACGACAGCAAACCAUGUCUUGUAGCAUUCAUUAUAGUGACUUUUGAUAUUCAUGGCAUUGAAGAAUCCUGAUGUUCUUGCUUAUUAUUGGGUUUUCUAUUUGGCAGCAUUUGAAGGAGGAAAUGAAGUUGAGCUAUCUUGCUCAAGAGCUUAUCUCAACUGAUCGCUUGUCACCCCAAGCAUGGUACGGGGUCUCUUUUUUUUUUUUUUUUUUGGCAUUGUGCGGUGGAUGAUCUGGUGUCACAUUAAUGGCUUUUCUUAUUAAUGGUGGAUCGAAGUGACAAUAUAUUAAUAUCAAUUGCAGUUUUGACUUUUUGAUGGUAAUAAACAACAAUUUUUUUUUCUUCAGCUACCUUCAGAUGAUGGUCGACGCUUUCAGUUGAUUGAAAUUUCCAUUGUUCACAAUUCUGAGGCUGCAUCACAAUUCAUGUCGAUGUUGUUAUAUUCUGUCAGUAGCUAAUGAGCACGAGACUUGCAUAAAAAGCCAUUUUGUUUCUUCUGGGAUCUUAGUGCUUUAUUAGUUUAUUACUUGCUUCAACAUUUGUUGCCAUAUUUUCAUCGGUGCAAUUGCAUGCAGGUGUGCUAUGGGGAAUUGCUAUAGCUUGCAAAAAGAUCAUGAAACUGCGCUAAAAAUUUUUCAACGUGCUGUGCACCUCGAUGCGAGAUUCGCUUAUGCUCAUACACUUUGCGGUCAUGAGUAUGGUCCUACUACUCUCUUGUUACUCCAAGUGAACUGUCAUGCUUAAGAGAAGGCACUUGAGUUUUAGUUGGUUCUCUUUGAUUGGUGCAGUGCCUAACUUUGUUUUCAUUUUUCACUGGUCUUUCAGAUACGUAGCUCUGGAGGAUUUUGAAAAUGGCGUGAAGUGCUAUCAAAGUGCCCUGCAAGUGGAUGAGAGACACUACAACUCCUGGUAUGGCCUCGGGAUGGUCUACCUUCGUCAAGAGAAGUUCGAGUUCUCGGAGCAUCAUUUCAGAAGAGCCUUCCGCAUCAAUCCGCGAUCAUCCGUUCUUAUGUGCUAUCUCGGAAUGGCGUUGCACUCUCUGAAGGUCUGAUUUUCAUAAGAAAACAUUCGUUUUUCACGUUCCUUCUUCCAUAAAAUUGCUUUCUUUCUCGAAUCCGAAUGCUUGUCAAAACCCGGCAGAGAUACAAGGACGCGCUGGAGAUGAUGGAGAGGGCCAUUGUAGCCGACGCGAAGAACCCACUGCCCAUGUAUCAGAAGGCUAACAUCCUUGUUAGCCUAGAAAGAUACGACGAAGCUCUGAGAGUACUAGACCAGCUGAAGGAGUUCGCACCCCGUGAGAGCAGUGUCUAUGCAUUGAUGGGCAAGAUUUACAAGCGCGGCAACAUGCACGACAGAGCGAUGUUCUACUUUGGGCUUGCCUUGGAUCUCAAGCCGCCAGCAACUGAUGUCGCGGCCAUAAAGGUACCCUCCUCCCCCCCCCUUCCUUCCGCAGUUCUCUGACUUUCUCCUGUUCUAUAUUGCCGGUGGUAAAACUCUCCACUUGAUGGCAGUCAGCGGUCGAGAAGCUGUACCUGCCCGAUGAGAUGGAAGAUACACUUUAG